AAGAUGUAUUUGGUUGGCCUGACGGGCGGUAUCGCCUCUGGGAAAAGCACAGUGUCAUCAAUGCUGCGUGAGCUCGGCUGCCCUAUCGUCGAUGCGGACGUCGUUGCCCGAAAAGUGGUGGAGCCACGCUCGCCUGCCCACUCGCGCAUCGUCUUCCAUUUCGGGCGUGAGAUUCUGCUGGAGAACGGCGAGAUUGACCGUCAGAAGCUUGGCCGCAUUGUCUUUGCAGAUGCGGCGAAGCGCAAGCUGCUCAACUCCAUCACGCACCCGGAGAUUCAUAAAGAAAUGUUCAAACAGAUUGUGUACUACUUCCUCAGAGGUUACCGCUACGUUGUGCUGGAUGUGCCACUUCUCUUUGAAACCAGAAAGCUCACACAGUUUCUUAAUCACACUGUUGUCGUUUACUGCGAUCCCGCCACUCAGCUGUCACGCCUGAUGCAACGGGACGGCUUGACGCAGGAGGAGGCCGAGCAGCGGCUAGCGGCGCAGAUGCCGCUCAACGAAAAGCGCGGCCUAGCUAGCCAUGUCAUCGAGAACUCAGGCACGCGAGAGGACACACACCGCCAGGUCUUGCGGCUUCACACCAAGCUGGAGGACUCAAUGGACUUCCUUCUGGUGCGGGUGCUAGCCGUGGCCGCCACCGCCGGUCUGGGCGGGGUGCUGCUAUACGCCGCCAAGAUGAUUUUGUCCUAA